AUGAGAGGAAGAGAUGUCGAGAUUCUUGGCUCUCCAAAGUAUUCUGCUUUAGAUGAUAUACCGAUUUGCAAAAGUAAUUCGAAAAUGUGCAAAUUUAUCACCUGCAGUGCUCGAAACUUUCAAAAUGAUGAAUCAAUAUCAAAUUUGAAUUUAGCUGCACAAAUGCUAGCCGAUACGAAAUUACGGAAAACAAUUGCCAGUGAUCCAGGUAUAUUGUUAACAGUAUGUCAAGAACAAGGACUUUCUCCGACACAAUGCAAACUUUUUGCAAACGCUUUUCAACUUAUCAAUCGAUUUAUCUCAACUAUUGAACCGCUGGAAGAUUCCAAAAAGUUACAUCGUUACAUCAUCAAGGAUGAUCCGUACUAUGAUGAUUCGGAUGCACCGCCAGUACCAGUACAACCGGGAGUGUACCAGAAUGUUGGAUCUCAAACAUGGUCUACCAGUGGGAAGAGCAUCAGUGAUUCCAAAUCGAUGUCUCAGAAGAUGCAACUCAAAGAAAAGACGAAUCUAUCAGGAGUAUCAGCACUUUCACAUCCUGUGAAAAGUUUACUGAAUCCUUUAGACUUCCCAAAUCUAAAUAUCGCUACUACAACAUCGAUACCUAUGGGUUCAAUGCUAACAUCAUCACCAUCAACAUCAAUGACCUUAUUUACUUUUCCACCACUAAUUUUUACCCUCCCAACUCUAGCGACAGUUGCGCCAGUGAUAUCACAUACAACACCACCGGCAGGUUUAAGACUAGACAUGUCACAACCUGUGAAUUUAAUGGCAAAACAAAUGCAAAUGUUGUUGUCACAUUUUGAUAAUAAGCUACUCUUACCGAACAUAAUGUCAUUACCGUUACCAAUACUAAUGCAUCCUGAGCAGUUUAAGCCAAUGAGUUCGACACAAUCAGUAAGAAAGAAGCGAUCGAACGACUAUUAUGAUAAUAUUGAGGAAGAUAAUGAUGAGACGAGAAAUACGGGUCCAUCCAUAUAUAGUGAUAAUAAUCAGCAGGUGAUUAAACUUCAGAAGAAGAAAAUAGGUGGCAAGAGUUUAUUUGAUUGCGUGAAAUAUCUCAAGGAUAGUUGA